ACACUAACAAACACCACACAACAACAAAAAAAAACUCGAAAUGAAAUCGGCUAUGUUACCGUUGUUGACGAUCAUGAUGUUGAUUUUGGCGAUCUCCGAGCGAGGAAACGCCAUAACAUGCCAGGCGGUGGAAUCGACCCUGAUGCCGUGUGCGGGGUACAUCGUGAAAGGGGGAACCCCUUCUUCGAAAUGCUGCGCCGGCUUGAAGAGUUUGAAGGCGAUGGCGAGGAAGAAGGCCGACCGCCAAGCUGCGUGCCGAUGCCUGAAGGACGUGGCCAGUCGGUAUCCGGGCGUCAAGGACGAUAACGCCAGCCGUCUCCCCAAAAAAUGUGGCGUCGAUUUCGGCGUUCCCUUUACCAGAAAGACGAACUGUAAUAGUGUAAAAUGAUUACAGCAGCCAAUGGCAGGAAAGGAAAAAAAAUAAAGAGAACUCGAUAAGAAAAUGAGGAGUCGACGGGG